CUUAAUAACCUUUGCAGCAACAUUCGAAUCUCAACAUCUUUUUCUCAAUACCUUUUUUCAUUCAAAAUCGUCAGAUUGUUUACAACAACCUUUUCUAGGUCAAACAUUCAUCAAGAAAUUAUUCAAGAUUUUCCAAGAAUUCUAGAUCUGGUUCAUGACAUCCACGAUUGUUUACAGAAGACGCAAAAACAUGGCUUCUACUUCAAAUUCCGCUGCUAUGAUUGGUACUAAUUCAAGUAACUUUACAUUCCCUUUCACAAAUAUUUCCAAUUUUGUCUCUGCAAAAUUAGGUCAAAAUAAUUUUCUUUUAUGGCGAGAUCAAAUGGAAUCAAUUCUUGUUUCUACUGAUUUAUUCGGUUAUGUUAAUGGUGAUAUUGUUGAAGCUAUUAAGAAUGUGGAAGUUGAUGGAGUUUUAACUCUUAACCCUCAAUGGGUUAUUUGGAGGAAAAUUGAUUGUUUUGUUACUAGUUGUAUGAAAGCUACGUUUAUAUAUUCUGUCUCUGGAGAUGUAUUAGGUUUAUCUACUGCUAUGGAAAUUUGGGCAUAUCUUGAAAUUACUUUUCGAAGUCAAUUAAUGGCUAGAAAAAGUAUGCUUAAGAAUCAGUUGCAUAAUAUUAAGAAAGGCAAUCUUACAAUCUUGGUUUACUUGCAAAACAUUAAAACAAUAGCUGAUUCUUUAGCUGCCAUUGGAGAAAAGAUGAGUGAUUCAGAUUUGGUAAUGUAUGUGUUACACGGCUUAGGCAGAGAAUUUGAUACAUUUGUGGUAGCUGCACAAAACAGGGAAACACCAUUCACCUUUGCAGAAUUAAAACCAAGGCUAUUGAAUCAUGAGCAAUGGAUUAUUGAGCAACAUCAAGAUUCUAGUACUAUUUUUGAUCAGCAUCCUACAACCCUUUAUGGUAAAAAUGGGAAUGGUGGAAAUAAUUUUUCUGGUCAUGGUAGAGGCAAGCCAAAGAAUAAUGGGUAUGGAAAUUUCAAGCCUAACAAUGUUUUUCAUUCAAAGAGUAAUCCUGGUCAAGGUAGUACAUCUGGACAGGGUAAUGGUACUGGAAGUAGAAGAGAUUUUUCAUGUGUUGAUUGUCAGAUUUGUCGAAAGAAAGGACAUUAUGAUAGCAGGUGUUAUUUUCGCUAUCACCCUCCGACUUUUACUAAUCCUGCUAAUGAGGCUCAGCACAAUUCUACUCAACAUGCCUUUACAUCUUUUAAUGAAGCCAGCACUUCAGCUCAACAUGAUUAUGAUGCUCCUUCUACUUCUUAUGCAACUCAUUGGAUUUCUGAUUCUGGUGCUACUGCACACAUGACUGGGGAUGCAAAUUUACUUCAUAAUUCUUCUUCUUACAAGGGCAACGAUCAUGUUCAAGUUGGCAAUGUUUUAUCCAGAUGGGUAUGAAAGUAGGGACAUAUACUCUGAUGUUCUUCUUGCUUAUGGAAAAGUAGUCAAUAAUUUGUAUCCCAUUCCUCAUAUUCUAACUAAUCAUUUUUCAUUAUCAGCAACUUUAUCUGCUCCUUCUCAUGUGUGGCAUGCUAGAUUAGGUCAUCCAUCUAAUCUAAUUCUGCAAAAACUUAACUCUGCAACAAAUUUUUUGAAUUCUGCACUGCCUUCUACUUUGUGUCAUCCAUGUCAACUUGCCAAGAGUAAAAAUCUUCCUUUUCAGUUGUCCAACUCUCAUGAGCAAAAACCUUUGGCUUUAGUGCAUUGUGAUGUAUGGGGGCCUACAAUUCCAUCUCUUAAAGGUUAUAGAUAUUAUAUUCUGUUUGUUGAUGAUUAUAGUAGGUUUCAUUAGAUAUAUCCAAUGGAACUGAAAUCUGAUGCUUCCAAAUGUUUUCUGCAUUUCAAAACUCAUACAGAAAAUCAGUUUUGUACGAAUGUUGCUACAGUCAUAUUAUAAACUUCUUCAGCAAUCAGAUUACAAACUUCUUCAACAGUUUUGCUUUUUAGUAGUAGUGUUUUUCAUUUCUUGUUCUUUAUGAUUCAAACUGUUAUCCUGUGUCUGGUAAUAACAGUUUGAGGGGGUGUGUUAGACUGUGUAAAUGUGUGUGUCAAGUCAACAUUAGUUGACUUGACUUGUGUCUGUGUGAAGCACUUGUGUGCUUGUAUUAUUUCUGUACACAUAUUGUUGUUGCCUUAAAUAGGCAUCAUUAACUCUAUAAGAACUAUCCAAUUAUUGAA